AUGGACUACAACGCUCUCAGCACCAUUGCUCGCUCCACUGCCUUUGUUGCCAGAAGAUCUCUUGCCACUGAGGCUCCAGCUGCCUCCUCAGCUUUGAAGUUGUCCUUCUCUUUGCCCUUCCAAACCUUAUACAACGAUGCUGAAGUCUCCCAAGUCAAUAUUCCUGCUGCCACUGGUGUCAUGGGUGUUUUAGUUAACCAUGUUCCUACUGUUGAAGAACUAAAGCCUGGUGUGAUCACCAUCAUCGAAAAUCAAGGCAAAUCAAGCACUUUUUUCAUCAACGGAGGUUUUGCUACUGUUCAACCAAACUCAAAAUUAUCUAUCACUGCAAUUGAAGCCUUUCCUUUAGACUCCUUUGAUUCUAACGAAAUCAAAGCUCAAAUAACUGAAGCUCAAAAGGAUUUAACCUCUCAAGAUCAAGAAGUCGCUGCUGAAGCCUCAAUCAAAUUGGAACUUUUACAAGCUUUAGAAUCUGUUGCUAAAUAAAUAAACAAGUAAUUAAUCAAUCAGUAUCUAUAUAUCAGUAAUUAAUUCAUAUUCUAAAUUUAUAUACGUCUUCUAAAAAUGAUCUUUCCACUCAAUUUAUGUUUUACUUACGCUUCAUGUCCAUUAACCUCGCUCUUCAGCCAAUCACAGCGCGUCUUCUACGCCACACGGACUUAUUUGUCUUUAUCCCAAACAAAUAGUUGUUCACGCCACAUUAUUACUCUUUUGGGUGAUCAUCCAUCUGGAAUGCACAGC